GGAGCUGCAUCGGUGUGUAUAUGGUGAUCUGAAACUUUGGUCUCAUCAUGGGACGCUACCAAACCGAGCCCGACAACCCGGCCAAGUCCGCCAAAUCACGAGGAAGCAACCUCCGCGUUCACUUCAAAAACACUCGUGAGGCAGCCCGUGCCAUCAAGGGAAUGCCGCUCAGGCGUGCGAAGAAAUUCCUCGAGAACGUGAUCGAGAAGAAGGAAAUCGUUCCUUUCGUCAGGUUCAACGGCGGAGUCGGACGCCACGCUCAAUGCAAGGCGUGGAAGACAUCGCAGGGUAGAUGGCCGAAAAAGAGCGCUGAGCAUCUUCUCCACCUCCUGAAGCACGCCAAAAACAACGCGCGUGAGAAGGAGCUCGAUGUCGAUCGUCUCGUCGUCGAUCACAUCCACGUCAGUCGCGCUCCGAAAACUCGUAGGAGAACCUACCGUGCGCACGGUAGGAUCAAUGCCUACAUGAGCUCGCCCUGCCAUGUGCAGCUGAUUCUCACUGAGAAGGAGAACGUCGUCAACAAACCCAGUGCUCCCGCCGAGGAGGAGAAGAAGAAGCUGUCGAAAAAGAAGCUCGCCCGGGCAAGAAUGAUGAACCGAGAAUAAGCAUAGAUCGGGCAAUGAAUAAAUUGUUGAUCUAAGCGGA